UUUCGUCUUGCCGGACCGGGCUCCAAUGCUGCCCGGUUGCGUGUAUGCGAGGACUGUGGCGCACAGUUGAACAUCAUGGACCACGAGUCUCGCAUCGCUGACCAUUUUGGCGGUAAAAUGCAUCUUGGGAUGGUAGAAUGUCGUGAGAGAUAUGCGGAGAUGAAGAAAACUAUAGAAGAUCGUCGAAGAGAACGUAGAGAGAAGGGAUUAGACGGAUCGAGAUUCGCAGAAAGAAGGCGAUCGCCUCCACGACGUGAUAGAGAUCGUGAGGAUAGAGACAGGCGUGACCGAGAUCGUGAGGAUAGAGGUUCGCGCCAUGGAAGUGGAAGUAGCCGUCGGCGAAGGUAG